UCUUCACUGCUUCAGGAAAUCUCUGCUGCAAGUGAAGGGACGUGAAUUCAGGAGUGAAAUAUCAAUGGAUAGCUUGAAACUUAUAAUACACUUGAGAUGAACUACCGAGAACGAAGAAACAAAUAUGAGUUAAAACGUCAAAUAUCAAACGAAUGGGCUGCUAAGAAACUCAAGUGGUGACUGAGUUUUUGUGUAUCUGAGACCCCAGGCCAUCCACAAGACUUGUUGAGUGGGUCAGGAUGCCGAUCCCUCCACCCCCCUGUGCCCCCCCUCCACCCCCUACCUUCAGCCAAGCCAACACCACCCCACCCAAGCUGAACCGAGAUGAGGCCAAAGGCAGAGGAGCCCUGCUCGGUGACAUCCACAAAGGGUCCAAGCUGAAGAAGGUCGGCGUGGUCAAUGACAGGAGCGCACCCGUCUUAGAAAAGCCUAAAGGAGGUGGUGGUGGUGGUAGUAGUAAUGGAGGUGGAGGAGGCUCAUCAGGGUCCAUUCAGCCAAUGGGAGGUCUUUUCCAGGCAGGUGUGCCUAAAUUACGACCAGUCGGAGAUGGUUCGGUUGGCAGGUCAGCCUUGACGCCUCCUGGCACGCGCCCCGCUGCUCCUCGUCCCCCCGGACCCCCUGUUCGCCAGGACAACACAGACUGCUCAGCCCAGCAGGCCUCUCCCCCGGAGCACUCCCGCUCCCAGAGGCCCUCCCUCCCCGACCUGUCCCGCCCCCUCAGCGGAGGCAGCCCUAACAGUGGCAUGAAGCACAGCUCCUCCGCCCCUCCACCACCUCCCCCUUUCUCUCGCAGGGGCAACGCACCCCCUGCCCCGACUCAGAAGGUGGCACCACCCACCCCCUCCUACAACCGGGAGAAGCCCCUCCCUCCCACGCCAGGACAGAGGGGGCUUUCCCCGGUGCCGGUCCGCAACAGCGCCCCUCCUCCGCCCCCUUCUCCCAACAACAACCGCCGGCCCCCGACGUCAGGGGGCUCCUCGGCAUCCUCCUCUUCCUCCUCUCUGGGUCCACCUCCUCCCCCGUACCGCCAGCCCAUGACCAACGGCCCCUCCAGCCCGGUUAACGAAGCCGCCCCGGAGCUACCUCAGAGACACAACUCCCUCAGCAAGAACCCAUCACCCGGACCUGGACACACUCCAACCCGUGGGCAAGCUCCACCCCCGCCGCCCUCCCCCUCCCCGCCAGGUGGACGCCCACCCCCUCCAGUCCGCGAGCCCCCCGGCAGAGGAGCAGCUCCACCCCCGCCUGGGUUGACUCAACGAAACAGUGGUCGGGAUGCCCCCCCUCCACCACCCCCCUACAGAGGUAGCCCCUCAGAGCCUCAUAGCCGUGGCAAGCCCCCUCCUCCUCCCUCCCGUACCCCUGCCGGACCCCCGCCCCCUCCCCCACCUAUCCGCAAUGGACACACCUCCAUUUCCCGCUCCUUCAUAGAUGACUUUGAGUCCAAGUAUUCGUUCCACUCUCUGGAUGACUUCCCUGCUCCAGAGGAGUACCGGCACUUCACCAAGAUCUACCCCAGCAAAGCCAACAGAGUGAUGAGGGGAGCUCCUCCUGCACCACCCGUGGGAAGGUGAACACUGUGAGACCACGUCACUUCUACUGUACAGGAGACAAGGGUUAUAUAUAUAUUACACACUGUACUUUAUCACAUAGAGCCUACAGCAUAUAACAUAUACCUACAUGCUUCUCAUUUGACAACAUUCCAUUUCACUUACACUCCAUAACCAUUCACUCACACCCUCACCCUUGAAAAUGGCCCAGCAAGACCUGUUGGGUUUAGGGAGGAUAACGGAAAGCUUGGAAAAUGAAAAAUAAGAAUAUACAUUGUAAGCAUUGCAUUCCUCCUCUGAAGGAAAUGAAAGAACUGGAAGAAGUUCUACAGUAAGGUCUUUAUUUUUGCUAUGGCAGUCUCACUCCAUUUGAAGGUGGAGUUGGCAGCUUACUUAUGCCAUUCCCAAGCCUGUGUCCGCUUGGGUGAACUUGCCCUGUUUUUUUCACAGACGAAGGCAGACUUACCCAUUGAUCGUUUUUCCAGGCUCUUGUGUGUGUGGAUGGGGAACACUUUGACAUUUAUCUCCAUACCACACACUGUUGCGAUUGUCAAAAUGGACAUUUUUUUUCCUCCGCGUCAUCAGAGUAUGCUCUGUGAGAGCCCACAUCACCAUGAAAUGGGAGAACACCAGUCAGUCCUCUACCUGUAAGGAGAAACACCAGUGACUCUACAGCCUGGUUAGAAGUGUCUGAAGGUGAUUGACUUUUGUGGACCACUGCACCCCUUGCUGAUGGAGGGAACUGCUACUGUUUGAAAGUUCUCUCAGGUAUACGUUUGCGGGACAGAGAACUCUGUUUGCUGGAGAUAAUGAUGAUUAUGUUGGAAAGGCAUUAUUAGAUAAGAGGUUCUCUCCAAAAGUGCCAACUGAGUCGGAACUGAACUGGGAACAGCCCAUAUCUCCCAUCCUGUUUCCCUGCUGCAAGGCUGUCGUGGUUUCUCUAAUGAAUGGUUGGAAUGAUGGACUGACAAAAACAACAGUUCCAUAUGUUCUCAGUGAUAGUUGGCAGUAAUCAACACCUGUGACGCUCUUUGGUUUGUGAAAAAGUCUUCCUAUUUAGAAUGAUGAUGCACAUGUAUGGGAUCUUGCAGCAAGGAAUCUCCCUCCCUACUCAGAAUGACUAACCAGAUAGAUGCAUGUUGUAUUUUUUUCAGUUUGUCUGUCUUGACAAAAUGCAUGAGGGAGAGCUUGUUAGUUGUCCUAAAUGCAAAGCAGACAGAAGUAUUAUGCCUUUAACACUAGUCGGGGUCACUGAAACCAUUUCACGACAACUAACUCAUACAAACACUACAACCCCAUUCAUUAGCUUAAAAAUGACGGCGCUUUUAAAAUGCAUUGCAUGCUACAGGAUGCUGAACCAGUACAUUGACACUAAAAUACUCAACCUAAACCCAGGCAAUAAGUCAGAAGCAGUCCAAGAGUUUAUUGUUCAAAAUUGAUAGAAGAAAAUUAUGUUGAGGGGUAAAUAAAUGUAUGCUUUCAAAUACAAACCUUAUCAUGCAGAGUUCAUAUUAUGAACUCGGCAGGAUAAGGUUUGUUGAUACCCACAAUAGCCACGUGGUGGCAGUAUUUGAUGUUUUUCCAUAGGGAGACAUGGUACCUAUAUGCUUGUGAUGCAGUGCCCCUUCAAUUAGUCUUUUUUUUUUUAAACAGUUGUGUAUUAUGGAUUUGGCCAAUGUUGAGCGAGAGGGCAGUACAGACCUGUAUGUCUGUGUACCAAUUUUGAGAUCUUCUGCUGAGGGUUGAAUGGACAAACUAAUGAUAACAGCCAUAUUGUUCAACUCAUAGUUCUCUACAUUCUGUAUUUGAAUGAAAUAAUCAACUUAAUUUCUGUAAUGUGGUCUUUACAUUUCUUUGCUUAAUGCUCUUGUGACCACAAGCCUGAAACAAAUGCACGUUGUUACACAAGGGGGUGAACCUUUUAAGGCUGGUACCUGUAAUUGGUUCCUACUGUUUGUGUUGUGUGGGGUUAGUCUUAUUCCUCACUGUAAAAUGGCCCUCACUGUUCUCUUUUUAUUUCAACCCUUUGCUGGUCUUUUGCCUUAUUAUACGCAUUCGCUGUAAGAGUCAAUUCAGGAUUUGUAAAAAAGAAAGGAAAGCUAAUCAUUAAAUGUAUACACCUCAUGGCUAAUACGGUAGUCAUAGCUAUUGUUCUACUUUCAAUAUGUAUAAAGCUUGUAAUAUAGUGAAUAAAACGGGGAUAGAUAAUGGCAGGCUUUUGUCAGAAACCAGUGACAAACUGUUAGUCUUUCCAUAUAUCUUUUUCUCUUGCCUUCUGUCA